AUGUCCAUCUCAUUUGGCUCUCUCCCCACCCAACCUGCGGCCAAUAACGAAAUCCCUGUUCUAGUGAACGGAGGUCCCGCCUCCGCGGCAAUUGAGGUGACUAACCUGAACAACGCCAUUCGUGCCAACGUGUCGGCAAUGAACAUCAUCGACCUCCAUCCCAUCCAGAAGGCAGUCAUAGCCCGUCAUGUGGGGGAACUACAACCAGCGGUCGUCAUCGGAGCUACCUUGCUUGAGUGUACUAUGGCCCAGAGCAAGCGCAUGCGCAAGAGACCUUAUGAAGGCAACGGAACAUGGGCCAGGGCCUGCAGGGGGCCGAGUCUACGCGGCCCGACCGCCCUGGCCUCUCCCCCACGCCAAAGCUAUCCAUUAGGAGAAUCCCAAAGGAUACUUCGAUGGAAGAGUUACGCCAAUGGCUCCUCACACUUGGGGUUCGACCAGAUAGCCUCCACCCCGCAAAAGAGACGGCGAAGCACCGUGAUUCUCGUAGUUUCUGCAUUUUGUUUCGUACCCACCGUUUAG